AAAACUCCAUCAGCCUGCUCUGCUCGCUCUCAGACACACCGAGAACAAGACGCACAUACACACAUCAUAGGAUCAUCACAACGGGACAGACACACACACACACACACCUCUCCUGGAGCUCCUACAGAACCAGAGGAGGAGGAAAGAGGGUGGAAGAAGUUGGCCUCAAGUCCUGCAAACGCCUUCAAACUGCUGGUAAAGUAGAGUUAACGUCUGUCUGUCUGUCCGUCCUGAGCUCCUCCCCUCUCUCUGUCCAUCUGUCUCUCUCUCUCUCUCUCUUUCUGUCUGUCUGACUUGAAAGAAUUUGUAAACAGCUGAUUCAGUUUCCAUAGACAAUCUUCUUCACAGGGACGAAACAAAAAAAAAAACUCCAUGAUGCUUUUACUGUUACUUGAGACCUGAUAAGAACCUGAUGUAACCCAGAAUGGACCAGAAGGAACCAGAUUCAAGAACCCUUCAGAUCACGGACAUGUCCUUUUGUUUUCUGUUGAACAGUUUUGAUUUAACUCACCAUAACUGUCCCCUCAGCUCACUGAUGGUUGCCUGAUGUGUAUGAGAACAUGAAGAGAGUGGAGGACAUAUGACGAGUGCUUAACCCAAACCUGGCAGAGCAUGGUCAUGCAUGUUCUGUGCUGAACACGCUAACGAAACUGUUUCAGGCUGUUUCUCACUGAAUAUUUUCAGGGUUUCUAAAAAACCUUUGUACCAAACUAUGAAAAAUGACACAAGUGCCUCCUCUAUGACUUGAUGAUGUGUUCUUCAUCAAAACUGACCUUCCAGAGUCAGUAAAGUAUUAGUAGAGUGCCUGUAUUUCCUGUAUUUCCACUUUAAUCUUUCCACAAACCCACAUGGGCUCAGUGUCCUGUUGGAUUCUUCAUCUGUGCAUCUUCACUUCCAGCCUGUCCUUAUCUUCACAUGUUGUUGUAUGUCUGCAUUUCCCUCGUGGGUGACCCAGAAUAGACACUUGCCCUGUGUGUAAUGUAAAAGCAGCAUAUUCUCUGCUCUGUACUUGGUAUCUGUAACUCUCCUGUGACUCUUCAGAAAACACUGACUUCUUCACUGGCAUGAAAACUAGCCGUCCUGACCUUACGCAGUGAGUCCCAUCAGCAUGGUACGCUUGGCUUGCUAAGCAACAGCUACGCACCAAGAUUGAUUGACACAUGAAUGGACAAAUCAGGACUAAACUUUGACUGUCAAAUCAUUAGUGUUGUUUGUCUUCUGGGUAAAACUGCAACAGCCAAGGCAACAACACUGACUGACAUGUGCUGUAUACAGAAAAGUCUGCAUUUGUUUUGGUACUUCUAAACUUAGUGAUUAUUAUAAACAAGAAAAAAAAAUCAGUGUUUUAUUCGUAAUAUCUGUUGAUUGACAAGAUUCAAAGCUGAGAAGAGUUCUGCACAGCCUACAGCUGAGACCUGAAUCUGAUAGAUACAGAUAUACCACAAAGAAGAAGAAGAAGGAUGAACAAUAACUACGGACUACUUAACCUCUUGGGGUCAAAUAAAUCCGCAGAAAGAGAAAGUAAUUUGACAUUUAGAUGCAGAUAAAGAAUUGAAACUCUGGUUGGAUCUUUAAAUGGCCAAAAAUACACCUUGAAUUAUCACAGAUCAUCAUUGAAACUAAAAGGUUUUAAAGAUGAACCACAAGACUUUGUUGCUGCAAUAGAUCUGUUGAAAACUGAUCAUUAAGACAAUAACAGACGUGGAUAUCAUCUUCCAAAACUGCACCAAACUCUUCAUACAAAAAAAGCUGAAUCAGACGUGCCUGCGUGCAUGAUGGGCUUUUUUUCAACUUUCAAGACAGUCCGUGUCAAGACUCACGGUGGAAAUAUUCAAUCUUGUUAAAUACAUGACAGGAUUGUCAGGGGAAAACUUAUCGUUAUGUUUAACAGCCAAAAACCUGAAGCUGACCAAACCAAACAGGGUUCAGCUUCGUCGAGUCUUCCGUUUAAUUUAAGACAGUUUGACCACCACAAUGACUUUAUGAAGUACUCAUCUGUGAAAUCUUAUUCAGCCAAAGCUUUAGUGUGAAGAAGUCCAGGUAUUAAUCCAAUUCUGAGGGAAAUAAACAGACACAAAGGCUGGAACAUACUCCAGUCUAAACACAGUCCUAGUUUCAUUAAAGUGCAGAUAAACACAGCCUCCAGGUUAUUUUUAUCCCCUGCUGUUGCUGCUGGAAGUCUCUCCGUCUGAGCCUGCUCAUCCAGAAACUGAACUGCUGAAUAUUUUCCAUUUCUCUCCCCUCCCUCCUGUUUUCUUUCCUCUGUCUCACACACAUGGAUCUCUCUCUCCCCCUCUCUUUUUUUGUCUUCCAGACAGAGUUGAGUCCUGAUCUCUGAUUGGAUGGUGCUGUGUUGGGGUGGGAGGGUCUCUGAACUGGCUGACUGUUUUCAGACCUCCAGUCAGUGGAGCUGCAGACUACAGUUUUGUUUUUAUCCAAAUGUAAAUGCAAAGUCAUUUAUAUGAUUAAUGUGAAGAGGGCUUGGGCAGUUGGCACAGACAAAGAAAACCCUUCAGAGAGACUUGUAAUCAAGACAAGUGCUGUUACUUCAGCUCAGGAAACUUCAUGGUGGCUGUAGUUUUUGAAAGAGAUCAUUAAUUUUGGUUGUAAAGCUGCAUAAACUCGUGAUAAAAAUCUGUCUAAACACCCUCCUUUACAGCAGGGGCUCUUCAAUUCUGAUAGCAGUGGGGCCAAAUCCAAAAACUGGAGGGUUGGAGGCAGUAGAGGACCGUGUCAGUUAGAGACUGGACUCUAGUAAUGAAUUCCUCAUCACAGAAAAGCCUAUCCAUCGAUACGACUGCUACGACUCAGUCUACUCGCAUUUUUUCAGCUGACUUGACUUUUCUCUAGUUCGGACAGAGACAUCAUGAGGUUGUUAAUAGGCGAGCUAGCCAACCUGACUUCAUGUUUGAACUGCCAGUGGGGAGUUGAGUUCAUCGUGAGGCAUCACUGUCUCCAAAUGAUAGGUGGGGGGGAAGAUGUCAUCAAUUUUCUGCUAAUGAGAGUAUGUAGAAAAUCUGUCUCUGCAGUUUAUACUGGGUUGGCGGCUGUAGUGGUUGAUGGGACACACUCACUCUUUCAACAACUAAAAAAGAUUUUAGUGUGUGUUUUUGUUUUUUGGUAAAGCUGUGAAGUGAUCGAUGUAGACGGUGUAAUUGCCGAUCUAUGAGCUCUUGUUUGGUCGUUAUCAACAAUCCAAGUGUUCACUUUUAUUCAGAACAAAUAGAAGACAGAAAGGUUUGUGAUUGACAUGUCAACUGUUUCUCUUUUUCCUUUUGUUUUUGGACACUUUCCAACAAAUCAGAGGCAGCUACUCUCUGACACUCCCAUAAGUCCCACCAACAACAGCACGUGUAUUACUGUUAUUGAGACUGAUACAGAAAAAACUUGUUCCAUCUCCUCCAUCAAGAGGGGGAAUCAGACUGAAAACAAACUAUCAGGUGUGUGUAGGCGUGUGCUGGUUUCAGAUCCCUGCUUUAAUAAUGACAGGACUGCUGUGUGUAGACUAGUCAUUACACAGACACACACGCACAAAAGCAACCAGCCAUUAAGACCCCAGCAGAGGGCUAUAUGAGGGCUAGCUGCAGUACUGACUGCUCUUUAUGUCUGGGAGUCUGCUGCAGGUAAAAACCUUUGCCUCUAUUUUUCUAGUCUAUACUAUGGCAAAAACAAACGUUGAUCCGUAUUUUUGGUUCGACUUAGAAACUCAGCAUUUAAAUUCUAUCAUUUCAAACUAAGUUUCAACAUUUAAAACAUCAAGAAAAACUUGUUCUUUUCUUUGGGAUUGAAAUGCCUAUUUUGGGGGUGACAGCUAAGAGAUGAUAAAAGGGACAAAAGAGAGACUAGGAAAGAGGAAUAUAAGUUCUCUGGAACUAAACUCUGGACAUCAUGGUCAGCUUAUUUAUCCAAAAGUUAUGGAGGGCACCAGAGUUACCAGACUUUUUACUUUGAGGAAUAAGCUGUUAUUAACUUUGGCUUUAUUGCUUGCUGACCGCUCCUGGGCAGAAACUGAAGUUAGGGGCUGUGUGUCACUGGGAAGGUGUAAAAGCUUCUGAAAAAAAGCAAAAAAAAAGUGCUGAUUUAGCGAAGUGCACAGGGUUGACUCUAUUCAAACAACCAGUCAAUACCAAACCCUGAUAAAGUUAAGUGUUCCUGUCGGUCAUCUGAAGUUAAGUCAGGUAUGUUGUGUUCUGUAGGGAUGAGGUGGUGGCUGGUGGUGGCCAGUCUGUGGCUGCUAGUGGUGCUGACCAUUGUGGAUGCUCAGGCCGGACCUUGGACUCAGAACGGAGGAACCCGCCGGGAGAAAAGGAGGAGGGACGGACAAGGUAAGACUCUACGUAUCAUGAAGAGUACACUUAGAGAAAACAAGCUACGGAUCCAUCUGUUACAUAUGACAUCCCACAGGGCAGUAAGAUGGGUACCCUUCUUUUUCUAUUAUGCAAGUACUCUGUCUUAAUUAAGGGUGAGAGUAACACUUGAUUGACUUGGAUUUCAGGUCAUAGACGGGCCAGAGCAGGACGCUUAAGACCAAUGAAGAUCAGACUGAUUCCUGGACCCAACAUCCCAGUGGAGCCUGAGGACAUCCAUGGAAACACUCUUUUCUUGAAUCCUUACAAAAACAUUCAAGAACAGCACUCAACCUACAAUGUUAUCCCAGGUCAGUGAGACUGUUUGUAUUACAGCCUUAACUCAGGUUAGUGGUUGGACAGAACAGUAGAACAACGUUAAACAAGAUCACUGAGGAUGGAUGUUGAUGACAUUGAAAACACCAGAUUCCAAAAUUGAAGUUUGCCAUAAUCUGCCUCAAACUCAAAAUAUCUUCAUGCCAUGCCUAAAAAACAUGUAAAACACUUCAAAACUGUAAAUUCCCAACAUACUCAACUAUUGACCACUAUUAACUUAAGAAUUACUGAUUACAAUGACAUACUUCAAGUACAAAUAACUGCUUGCCUAACAACCCUCAUCGGACCUCUGUUGCAUGUCUCUUGGUCACCACAGGCUCUCUCACACACUAUGAAUGUUUGAGUGAGGAGUAAUUGUCAUCUGGUUACUAUCUGCAUCUUCACUGCUGCUAUAUCUCAAUGGCAAAUUGAUGUCAUAUCUAAGGUAUUAAAGGACAUAACAUAUUUGAAAGCUGCCAGAUGACACCACAGCAUGAUAUUUGUGUGCAAGCAGAGUGACAUAUUCCAGGCUUUACUCUGAGGCAUCCAAAAGUUAUUCACCAUGGCCAUGUUAUGAUUGGGAGAAUAAAUCAUGAGGGUUUGAACUUGAAGUGGUUUUGUGAAGGCACGAUAUCUGUGCCAUUAAUGUGUCCAGUUUCCAAAACGGUUUAACUAGUCCAUCGGUCUCAGCGUAUGGCAAUGCAUGUGUGGACCGACAUGGGAAAAAAGCUGUUUAUCGCUGCAUUUUAAGCUUUUAAGUGGUGCUUAAUAACAGUUUCUGAGUCAAUAAAAUAAAACACAAUUAAAUUACAUGGAAACAAAACAAUGUAAUCGAACAAGAUGUAUAAGUGAGUCUGACAACAACUCUGCAUGGCGCUGAGGCUUCGUCUUCCUCUCGUAAUGAAGCUGCUUAUUAUUACAGCUCAGUCGUUUAAUGACGAGUCAUCAAAUUCCAUCAUGAACAGAAGGAAAAAGCAUCUGUGGGAAAAGAUCCGGUCAGAAAGUCAGUCCAGAAAAUCCCACAUAGAGAAGAGGAAAGACUCCACAGAGCAACCUCAAAGCCACGUGGAGCCCACAGCCUCAAACAAUGAAGUCAGCCUUAUGUAAUUAGACAGGACGAUAAAGUUGGUGGGAUUCUGUUGUUCUGAGCUUCUGGGGUUUCUUGUGUAUAUUCAAACUGCUACGUUCUGCUGUUAAUUGUUGUUUGGACUAUAACAGUAUGACUUUUGGUUCAGACAAGCAGACAAAACGGUAAAGUUGCAUCAACCGCAGAUCAGUUGGCAGUUUACAGAAACAGAGAGUUAAAGAUGUCAAGCUGACUCGUCUGUUGAAUCACAGCUUGUUUUCUGCUCUGAUGUACACGUGGCUUCUCUAGGAGAUAAACUGGUUCCAUUUUGAACUUGUUGGAUUCUCAAAUGUCACAAAGAUAUGUGACCAAAGUAUUUCAGAUCCACUCUUUACUUUAAUUUUAGAAGAUUACAACGGCUCUUCACUGAAGGGCCACCAGUGAAAUAAAACAAAUACUCGUCUUUUUAAUCCUGCAGAGCACAGCAGUGUGAAAGUUUGAUCCGGUUUCAGUGUGAACCGACUACUCUUUUUUUUUAUUUUUUAAACUGCAAUCUUAAACCUCUGCCUUUCAUUGCUGUUGUCCCCCAAAUGUAAUAUUUACAGAAAGUAUAUACUUUAAAAUUUUUUAAAAACUGUUGUUCACUUUGGAGACACUUCCUAAGGCUCUACUUCUAGUUUCUGAUACAAACAUAUUGUUCAAAUAGAAUGACAACAAUACAAUUUCAAGAGGGCCUGAAAUGAUUUCUUAUGUUUGGGACAUAAAGUAAAAGCCACAGACAUGAUCUUGAUGAUUUUUACUGAUCUCAAUAUUUCUUGUUGUGUUGACAUAUGCUUAUUUAUACGAGAAUGUCACAAACACUGAAGCCGAACACGUUGCCACAAUAAACAGCAGAAUUUUUCCUACGAUUAUAAGACUCGGGCGCAGCGUCAAAGAAUAAAACCAAAAGGAAAACUGUGAGCUGCUAAAGACGACAGCUCCUGCUCAUGAACAAAUGCACAGACUUAGACGACAGCAGCAGACCAUUCAAAGAGAAAAUAUCCUGUUAAUUAUGACUAAUUUAUACAUAUAUUCAGAUAUCUGCUUAAAUCCAGCAAGGAAUUUAAAAAAAUGAGAUGAAAUAUUUUUGAUUUCUGGUCUAAACAGGACGGUUCCAACUUGGGAAAUGCUGCACUUAGUCUGAGUGAGAUCAUUAAUGUGAAGUAGCCGGUACGUCAACUUUCUUUCCAAGCAGUGGAAACCAAAAAGGCCAAAUCUCAAAGUUCUUCCAAAAUAUAACCACUGCAUCCACAAUCUGAGCCAGAUAAAAAAGCAAAGUUGAGGUCAAGAGGGCUCUCUGGAGGAUGUCUUUGCCCAACAUUGAAAAUAGAGACAUUCCCAGACCAGCUACCCUAUUAUCUCAGUGACAUAUUUCAUGAAUACAAAAAAAUCACAUUACUUAUUUGAUUUCUGAACUCCAGUUUGAGCCAAAAUAUUAGAAUAUUGGUUAAAAAAUGAUACUUAUGUGACAUUUUAUGAGGUAUUGGUUAUCAAAAUUGUCCUGAAGGAGUCAACAGGUCAGUGGCUUCAAUGGACUCGUUGGGGAGGGGACUAAGAAAUCUCAUAUUUUGGUUCAGCUAAUGGCCUUUCUGUUGACAGUGAUACAGAACAGCAAAACAGUCAUCUUCAUUUUAGAAAAGCUGCAAAAAUUACACUUGUUUUUUUUCUGGUUAGAAACUAUGGAUGAAUUUUUAAAACUGAUGUAAAUUUAUUGUUUAGCAAUUAAUUGAUCAAUAAAUUGUUUCACUGCCAGCAAAAGCAGAUGUGAGUGUGCGCUUGACACAGAAAGGAGGUGACACAGCUGAGCCUCAUGGCUGUCUCGUUUAAAAACAUCCCUGCAAUUUAUGAGACAAUAAAGAUAUUGUUUGACGGUCAGUGGAUAUUUCACAGAGAAAAGAAAAGCUCUAAAGUAGGAGUGCUUCAGCAGAGAUGACAGGGUGACAGUCCCUUUGCUCACAGCAAAAAGAAAAGCCGGGGGAGAGACCAUAUUUAAGAGAAAUAUCCUGAGCCCCUUAACUACCUGUGUUUCUAUAGACCUCACAAAGAGGAUACCAUUAGAAAGGAUAGAUGACAGACAGAAAAGACCUAAAAAGAGCCUCUUCCUGCUAUAUCAUAGUGGUUUACAGGGGUUUUCUACUGACUCAUUGCCAGUCAAAGCCUCGUCCUGCCCCAUUUCUAAUUUUUGAAGGUGGAGUAAAUGUAGAGGGAGGAGUUGAAAUGCAACAAAACACUGCUUUGUGUCGUUCUGAUAGUAAAGUACAGGCUUUGGAUCUGACUACAUACACAGCAAUUACUGCACAAGGGCUGUUACUGCAGCUGGGGAAUAACAACGCAUGUCAGCAUCUUAGACUAAAGGUGUGCCCACCAGGAUGUUGGUCUGUGUCUACCUGGCUGUAGACUUCUGAAUCACUGCCCAUUUAUCCAGUGUGUUGUGUCAGCUGAGGGGCUAAUCGACAGCUGUUUCCUCAGUUGGAAAACCAACAAAGUCAUCCAAAGCUUUACAGGAAAAAAAUGAAGCAGGGGCUUCAUCUGCUGUGACAAUGGCCACAAAAAACACUAAGUGGGGGUGGCAUGGUUGGAGCUACAGACUGCAGUUCUUCAGUAAUACUGAGUUGUUGAAAAGAAUAAAAAACUGCCAACAGGAAAAAUCGUGACCACUAGGCGCUCAAGAAGCUUGGCAUCAAAACAGACAUAACUCUGUAGUGGAACUCACAUUAUGACUCCAGGCAGUCAGAAGCAUAUUAGUAGCCAGGUUGUUGUAUUAUAAACCUAAUGUCUAACACCUAUUUGAUUAAAACAUUUGGUGACCAACUGAUGUCCAAAGGACUGGUCAGCUGUUUCAUUCUUUUGUUUACUUGAGCUCAAAUUUCACCCUCUGCAUCUACAAAGUCAUUAUGCAGAAAAAAAAUGUCAUCUGGUUUUCUGAGGGUUUAAUGUCAAUGUGUUGCAGACAUAGAGCAGAAAUGUUGAUGUGACAGGCUGAAAUCAAAGAUAUUCUGAAUUUGUAACUGAAAACUAGCAGAUUUUACAGCUGAAAAAUGAAUCUUGCUCCCCUCUCCAAAACAUCGCUGUAAAAAUGUUUAGAAAGUGACUGAAAAAAAAUGAAACUACUUGUAUAACUGUAAUAUGUCUGUGUUGUUUCAGGUAAGCAGGGCCACUGUGUGUACCAGGGUCUGACCAUGUUUGACCAGGCCGUCUGGUCUCCAAAGCCCUGUGUGACUUGUCAGUGUACCAGAGGACGGGUGGUUUGUGAUAAGAUCAGCUGUCCCGUCACAAACUGCCACUUCCCCUUCACUCCUGCUGGGGAGUGUUGCCCUGUCUGCAUGGAGCCAGGUAGAAACACAACAUGUGGAAAAGCCAUGAUGCAACAUCCAGAGGCAAUAGAGAGGUGACAUGUUUUCUAAGCUGUUGAUUUAGUGGUAUUUCAGUUUUAGCAUUGACUUCAGCACUCUUCAUUUUGGAAACAUUCUUUCAGCUCCCCAACGGGACAAUAGGACAUGGGAACAGACAGGGUUUCAUUCUCGCCUCACCAGAACACUUUGGAAGUGAAAAUGAAGCAGUCAUUUUCAGUAAUUGCCCAAACUAUUAAGCUUCAUUUCUCACUGGUUCCACAUUCACGAUUUUACAAUUAAGCACACAAUUAUGUCAUUAUGGUUGUGUUUACAUGAAGUCUCUGGCAGUUUACACACAAUUAUUUAAAACCAGGAGUUAGUGUCACUCUAAGUUUCAGAAAUACACAGAGGAGUGCCAAUGUGACCUAAACUGACCGGUAAAAAAAAAAAAAACACUGCAGAAUCAGUUUACUCUGAAAGCUUUUUGUGCACGACCUCAUGUAAGUCUUUCAUCAAAUAUAGAAGUGAAAUUGUGUUGUUGUUGGUGGAAUUCUUUUUCAAACAAAAUAAUCCUCUGAAGCCUCUGUAUGUUGCUUUCUGUCCUAAUCAUGGCUUUAAAAAUGUGCUUAAAACAUUUUGGUCUGUUUGACACACAUGUUGUGAAAUUUUUACUGUUUCUUUGUGUUGGGAGAUAUUCAGGUUGUUUUCAGGUUGUUCAUGAUUGGUUUCAAAUGACUGUUCACUCAUUCUCACCAAAAUAAGGACUAGGUGAAUAUCCGAUUUAACAAGAAAAAACAGAUCAAUAGAUAAGUUUCCCAAUAACACUAUUGUAAUAUAUUUGUGCAUCUUUAAGGGGAUGUGAUUUUGAGAUAACACUAAACUCCACAACCUGCUUAAACCAGUGAAGUUCAGGGUCCAACAAUCGUUAAAAGCAUCUAAUGAUCCAAUCAGAUUUUUGGGCUCAGGAUAGGGAGUAAAUAACAGUGUGAUUUGACUUCCCAACAUCCGUGCAAAACUUUGUAUUAGUAUAGAAGUAUGAGUAUUUGAUCAGGCUCUGUGAAUACUGGUUUACUGAUCAGUUUAAUCCAAGUAUAAUGUUACAGUCUGGGACUUGGUGACGACUAUUAGAGGUGGCAGAUUAACAGCUUUGGAUGGAAAAUCACAUGAUGUGUUUAAGUAAAAUAUUAAAGCAGGUGACCAAAGCUUCCUUUCAUGAUCCCGAGGUGUAAAUACAAACUCUGUGUAGUCUCAGUUAUUACCACUGCCACUGGCAGCUGUUUUCUCAAGAGUACUGUGUAUCAUGUUAGUUUAGUUUGGCCAAAGCUGAAAAAUCUCGAUCAGGGUGAGGUGUGUAGAAACCACAAGGUUUCUAAAAUCUGAAAGUAUAGGAUACAGAUUUAUUUCAACUGGUUUUGAUAUUGCAAAAGUGACAGCAUAACAGUAUUUUUACAAAUGCAAAGAUAACAGUAAGAAGUUUUCUUUUGUACCUUUUGUUUGUGUUGAACCUUACACAUGAAUUACAGCUUUAAUUGUUUUCAUUGAUUUUAUAAUUUUAGAAAGCAGAUUUUGUUGUAUGAUAAAAAUUUACGUAGUUUGAUUGUGCACGCUGAGGCAACAAUAGAAACAUUCCUUUUGUCCCAGUUUUGGCAGGCCUCACAUGUAGACAUGAAACAGGGUUUUAACUGGAGAUGGGAACCAAAAAGUAAUGCAAGAUCAGAACCAGUUACAACAAGUUGGAGCUAUUGACAUAAUUUGCCCAAAGUUCAAUAACUUCCUUAUCAAAGUCUGAUACUGGGCUGAGAGAAUGCACAAUGUUGCUGUUUGAUGUUGGCAAACCUUAACUUGAAAAGUGACAGAAAUUCUGUUGAGAGGAAACAUCCUUGUAUCAGCUCAAACAUGUUCACCUGUUGAGAGGACACAAUCUGUUCCAACAGAAAUUCCAUUCAGACUAAACUCUGCCAAAAUGUGUUUAUCAUGUUAGGAUUCAGGACCUGCAGAUACAAACAUCAGCUAACAUGAAACAACCAACUCGAAGUCCUAUUGAAGAGCGCUUCAAUAAGAUCUGCCUCUGACUGGUCUACAGCAGCCGUCUGCUCUGUAGCUUCAACAAGCUGGGCUUGUAACUGUCAGACUGGAAAAAUGUGGGUGUCUGUGUAUUUGUCUACAACACUAACACAAAGUCGUCUCUGUCCAUCUCCUGUCUGUAUGUCUCUAUGUCCAACUGUCCUCCUGUCCCUUUGUUCUCAUCAUUUGUUCUAUCCCUGUCCUGCAUACUCUUCUAGUUUUCUUCAUUUUUCCACUUGUUCCCUCUCUUUUUCCUGCCAUCUCUCUCCUGUCUUCUACUUUUAUUUUCCAUCCUUCUUUCUACUUCCCUGCCACUGAAUGGCUGCCCCACACCUCUCUAAACCCACCCCAGACCCUGAUCCCAGCCUUGACCUUUCUGGUGACUCCCCAGUUCCCAAUGACCCAGAAGACGACAUAAUCCCACUGACGCAGGAGGAGAUCCAGCGAAUUCUCUGGAAGGAAGAAGAGGAGCAUCGGGAAGAGGAAGAGCGUCUGAGGAAAAAGGAUGAGGCAAGGAAAAAGAAGAGGAAGCAAAGGAAAGAGCAGGAGGAGCGGCAAAGGAAAAUAGUGGAGGAGAAGAGGAGGGAAGAGGAGGAAGCUUUGACGGAGCAGUUGGAAAGAGAAGAGGAGAAGUGGAGGAAGCAGGAGGAGGAGAGGAGGAAGGAGGAGGAGGAGAGGAUAAGAGAGGAAGAGGAAGAUAUAAGAAAGAGGGCAGAAGCAGAGAGGGAAGCAAGGGAGAGAGAAAGGGAGCUAGAAGAGGAAAGAAGGAAGCAUGAAGAAAAACUGAGGGAGGAAUUACAGGCUCUAGUGGAAGAGGAAGGAAGGCUUCAGGAGGAAGAAGAGUGGAGAAAGCAGGAGGAAAAGAGGAGAGGAGAGGAGGAGGAAGAUAGAAAGAGGAGGGAGGAAGCAGAGAGAGAAGCAAGGGAGAAAGAAAGGGAGUUAGAAGAGGAAAGGAAAGAGCAGGGGGAGAGGCUGAGGGAGGAACUCCUGGAAUUGUUGGAGAAGGAGGAAGAGAAGCGGCAGGAGGUGGUAGAGGAGGAGGAGGAGGUGUGGCUGAGGGGGGAUGUGUUUCAGAUGCCUCCAAAAGAACCUGAAGAACCUGAAGAACCAGACCUACUCCCCCUUCCGAUCCCAAGGCCUGCUACACGAGAGGAGCUGGAGGAGUUGGAGGAAAUUGAAGCAGAGGUGGAGGAGGAAAACGAAAUUGAUGAGGCAAUGGAGGUGGAGGAGGAGGAGGAGAGGGAGGUUGUGGUGAACCAAGACAGUCUCCCUCCAGGCUGUGGUUUCUCUGAUGUCACAGUGACAUGUGAUAACGCCAAACUCCUCUACUUCCCUGUUCUGAUCAUACCGGAGCUCAAAUCUCUGAGUCUGGAGGGUGAGUCUUUGCAUAUGUAUGGCAUUAUUUUUAAGGAACAUGGGUAUUUUCACAUCUUUGCACAACACAUGGUACAGAGUUCAACACUUUCAUAUCCCCUUCUGCAGAGCUAAAAGGUUAAGAGUUUAAGUUCAUUCUUCAACAUUCAACAAUUCAAAUCAUACUAAAAUCAAUCUGAAAGAAUUAAAUCACAUUCAAUCAUAUAAAAGCAUAUAGAAUCAUCUAAAGCAUGAUAACUUUUUAUAGGUUUUUCCAUCACAGUAAGAACCUUUCUGCAGCCAGCCAAUAGGGGGCGCUCCAAAUGUUUUGGCCUCAUAGUCUGCCAACAGUUGUAGCAUUCAUUUGAAUAUACAAUCCAUGGUUAGUAAGGUUGGGGAUAAAGACUGCUGAUAGGAGUUUAGGAUGUUUUCGUUUCUCUGCAGUGCCAGUUUAGAGCAGCUGGUGGAGCAGGUGACCCACAUGAAGAGGCUACAGUCCAGUUAUUUGGAGCCUGCCGUCCAACCCCCUCUUCCUCCAUUUCCCGUCUCUCAUAAGAUGUUCCAUCAAUAUUGAAAUUCUAACUUAUUUGCCACUCUUAAAGAACAAGAUUCGUACUGAUAAAAAAAAUCCUAAGGGAAGACUAAAACAGAUAGUAUAAAUUGCCAGAAGACAAUAUUUUCCAAGGCCCUUCCCUGACGACUGCACUGACGUAAAAGCUCCUGUGUUUUUACUGACUACAUAAAUAUUUUAAACAACUCACAAAUAUGGUUUCCUGGCUUGUAAAGUUUCCUAAAACAGCUGGUCACUGUAAUUAACAGAAAACAACACUCUGAAAGUAGAAAAGCUGUCGCCAGGGCUACAUUCAUCAGCACAUUAAUCCACAUUUGACGUUUUGAGAGUACUUCCAGCUGGAGGAUGGCGCACGUGAGAUUCAGCCAAAGUAGAUUGCAGUGUGAUAGUACAGGAACGUGUCUCCCAGCGCAACAGUGUGACUCACUGAUGUGUUUUUAAUGGGUUUUGGACAACAACUGAGCUUCAAGGCUCAGAAAGAGGACGUAAUUAGGCUCUGGCUAAACAAGCAAGAUUUGUUAGUAGAUCAAUAGAUUAUUGGUGUGGAUUUGCAUCUGGAUUACAAAACUCCACCUGUCAGCAUUGCGUUUUGUUUUCACUUCAUCAUGGCCAUAAUUACCAGUAUUUCCACAGCCUAGAUGCCCUGCUUUCAGUGCAGAAUUGUGUUUUAAUUAAAAGACAGAUUUUAAUGUCUGUGCUCAUUUUCUAAUGUACAAAAACACACAGGGCCUUUUCUUUCCUUUAAGAAAAGUUGGAGAACUUUUCCCCUUGGUUUCCUUUUUGUUCACACUCAUGUGUUUUACUCUGAAUAUUUUUAGAGGCCUAUUUUUGCUCUUUGAUCAGAGAAGGUACACUGUUUGCACAAGAAGAGCCUUCUGACACAAACGAAUAAGAACAAACCCAGAAAAUUUGUCAACAGCUAUAAAGUACAAGACAUACAAGAGUGUUAAUGUUUCCACAGAAAGCCUGACAAAUUUUUGCUCUCACUCCUCACUGUCUGAAACUUUUCCAACCUUCAGGCAACAGCAUCAGCAGCAUCCCAGAUGGAGCAUUUAAUGGCAUCCCAAACCUGGAAUGGAUCAACCUGAAGAAAAACAAACUCACCUCUGCCGGCAUUGAUGCUAAAGCCUUUAAAGUAAGACACGCUGACACACUCCAGUGUUUUGGGACUGAAAAGACUUUUGAAAAUCUGAUCCUUUUUGUGGCACAUAAAACAGGCAGGCAGAAGCAAAAGGCACAUUUGUGGUAUAGACAGGAGCAACUAUAGUAUAUUGGCAGAUAUGAGAUAUAUCUGUUAAUGCGUCUAUAUUUGUGUCAGGGUCUGAAGAACUUGAGGCGCCUCUACUUGGAUGGGAACCUUCUUGAAGCAGUGCCAUUUGACCUUCCUCCCACCCUGCAGGAGCUGAAGAUUAAUGAGAACGCACUGAAAGGAAUCAGCGAAAACAACCUCAAAGGUACGGCCACAUAAUGAUGCACCAUCAUACUCGGUCGGCUGUUGAAAAACCACAAAGUAAUACAGAGUAGUAUUUGUGUCUCCAGGAGAUGCGUGUGAACACACCAGCACAGAGAGCCACUGAUUGAUCAACUCAGAUGUACUUCACUCUAUAUUUUGGCCAGCUUCCCUUAGACAUGAGUCAUUUUAAAAACUGACAUCUGCUCGAAGGUUUAGAAAUACAAAGAAGAGCAGACUAUUGUUCAGAUGUUCCUUAUUUAUAUAAAUUGUGUGAUGAGGACCUGUCAUGCAAAACAAAAGUUGUUUGUGCUCUAUCAUUAAGGACUCUUGGGGCAGAUAGUACCCAAACUUUAAUGAUUGUCACGCACUAUCACCAGUGGAGAUUUACCACAUUUUGUGUCAAGUCACUUCCGUCAUUUGAUGUGAUUUCAAGGCGCAUAAUUUGUCAGUGAAUUAACCAAUACAUCAUGUUUUCUCUUCUUCGGUAACUCCCCAGAGCAGUGCAGAGGGUUUAAUUUAUUUUAGCAGUUCUCAGUUUUGUUCACUUACCAUAUACAAUCCCUUUCUUUCUUUAACUUCAUAAAUGAGAAUCUGCUGUUGUUUUCUUCACAGUAACUUAGACUCAGGGACAUAUUUGCAGCUGAGGAGCAGUCACAUUGAUCUGUUUUUAUCUGAGCAGGUCUGAGCAGCUUGGUGAUUCUGGAGUUGGAGGGAAAUCUGCUGAGUGAGGGGAAUGUAGCCCCUCUGGCAUUUGCUCCUCUCACCCAGCUCUCCUACCUCAGAAUGGGCAGAAACCACUUCCGUACCAUACCACAGGGCCUUCCUACAACAUUACUGGUAUGAAGUGAAUUCUGUUCACAUUUCUACUGUAUCACUUUACCUUAACACAGGAGUCCCCUACCUUUACGACAACAGGUAGUGUUGGGAGAAUUGUUAUAUAUAACCCUGAUUCCCCACACCAGGCAACCUCAUGACUUUGUCUCUUUGACUUAAGUGCAUUAAAAAACUCUAGUCCAGAUGCCCCAAUAAGAGGUCCAACGGUUAUGAUGGUGCUUAGAAACUUUUAAAUGAUGUCUGCACCAUUUUCUUGUCUAAACUUUGAUCUUGCAGCUACAAUUUCAGUAGCCUUUUAAAACUCUUUCAGUACCAAUGACGGAUUUGGACAGAUUUUUUUAUUUGCCCUGAGUGCCACUGACGGAUUUGGAUGGAUUUUUGAGUUUUUCCACCAGAGGGCACUCCUCCCCGACAUGCAAUGAGGUUUGGGGUCGUUCUUAACGCAGAAAAGUCGACAAGUACCUCAUAACCAUGUUACAAUAACAAAAACAAGUACUUGCCAGUGAGAAGUUUGCCAUUAGCCUUGCCAAUUAGCCUACUUGUGGAGUGUUUUUUUUUUCUAUGAGAGAGUAGGUAAAUGUCAAAGUCAUUAGCCAAGAGCAAACCAUAUCGGCGCAUCUGCUCCUGUGGUUGCGGUGCUACCAUCUCUGGAUCCAGUGGAGAUCCUGGUACCAAACCUUCACAUCGUCAGCCGACAAUCAAAGAAACAAUUUUCUGGCGUGUCAUUGUGCCUCUGGUGCCAGUACUGGUGAGCAAGACUGAGCCGGAAUUCAGUGACAGUCCUGGCAAGGAGGACAUGAGCAGUCCAUGUGGUUUACAUCAAGGUGUCAGGUUCUCGAGAGCCAAUACGACUCCCAGACGUCACAAAGUGACCUAUCACAAUCCAACCUCGAGAGUGAUGAGGAGUGGUGUUUGAGGAGGGAGGACCUUGAUGCCACCGAUGAAGUAGUUUGAAGUGAAAUAAAGUAGAUGAUCAGAUUCUGCUUGAGAGUCUCUCCUUUGUAAAAAUGUGUUUUUCUCAGGUUUCUCUUUCCAGAUCAGCAAAGAUAGUACGACCAGGCUGCAUUGAGCAGGCAAUAACUAAACACAGGAGUGGGUUAGAGACUAACUUUUUCUAGUGAAAGAAGAGAAUCACCCCUUUGUUUUGAGAUAUUGCACUUAAUUCUAGCCCAAGCACAAGAUAUUCUGUGAGUCCUGAAAGACACAGAAAUUUCUAUUGCGGUCAAUGGUGGCACUGGGUGAAAACUGCACAAAUGAAUUUGGUACUGAAUGAGUUAAGCAGCUGGAUGUAGUCAGUCAGUAUGUUAAACUUGCUUAACGAACUGGUAUUUUUAUUUUGGCUCUGAUGUUUCAGACUUUUCUGCAGAGUAAACCUUCCUUCUACCUGUGGGAAACCAGUCCACUCAACCUGUAAUUAUGGCCUCUGGUUAACCACAAACAGUACAGUACAGCGGCUACACGCUGCUGCUGUAAGCACACCUUCAAACAAACCAGGAUGUUUUCCAGAUCCCCUACCCUUUUCUCACCAAUCCUCCCUAAGUUUGUAUUAUUCUACAUAUAACAUUUGUUUAUCAAUCAGCUUUUGGAAACAACAGAAUUUAAGCAUUCAGCUGUACAUGACCAAGGGUGAUUGUGAUUAAUGGCUUCUGUAAAGUAACUGAGCACUAACUCAGUAUUUGUAAAUUUUAAUGGGCUGUAAGAACAACCCAAGACUGUAAGUAUAAUAAAUGUGCGUAUAGUUUAGGAGUGAAUUUUGCUCUUGUAACCCAAAACACUCAAAAUAAAACAAAACAAAGACUCGUCUGCCAAGAUCUUCAACCCCAAAGCACCCAGCUAGCAUAACUGUUUAAUGUCUCAAAUCCAAUCUUGCUUCAAUAAAAGCAAAAAUGCAGGAGUUUACAGGAACCUGUUGUAAACCUGACAAUAAACUGACCGAGAGUUUCCACUAAUUAAAACAUUGUCCUUUAUGACCUUCAUGACAUCUAACAUUUUGUUUUUUUUCACUCAUUUUCUCUCCAUUGUUCAGGAACUGUAUUUGGAAAACAACCUGAUUGAGGAAAUCUCAGAGACAGUUUUUAAUCAGACCCAAAGUCUGAAUGUGAUUUCUUUAAGACACAACCGGCUGGAUGAGAGCAGGAUUGCCCCGCUGGCCUGGAUCAACCACAGGUCAGACUGAACACACCUCAUGAUUUUGUAGGCUAACAAAAAAUCACAAGCAUUUGUUUUAGUCAUUAUUCUCACUGUCCCCAACAUGUCUUUAAUUUCACUACCAUAUUUACUUGUGCUGUUUGCGGCUGUCAAUUUUAUCAGUAUCUUAAUAUCUGCACAGAUUUAUAAAUAAGUCUUUCUGUCCCUCUGCAGGAACCUGGAGUCUAUAGACCUUUCACACAAUGAGCUUUACCUUGUGCCUUCCUACCUUCCUACAUCUCUGGUUCACUUAGUGCUGGUGGGGAACAAGAUUGAGAGGGUACCAGGUAAGUGGAGAGUGUUGGUGAAACACACGGUUCACAAUUAUGACAGCAUGCUGGUGGGAAGGUCCAACUAUUGGUAGGUUGGCAUGAUACCUGGGGGCUUCCUCAAAAACUUUCAGCAGCUGCAGAUCGUCACAACUAUGUUAAUAAUUUCAAAAUGGAACUGAAUAAGACAAAAUGCAUGGAAAACCUUGUCUGUAUAUCAGGAUGCUUAGACAAUAGCAAAAUAACACACUUAUAGAACCCAAUUUUUCUUAUUCUGUCUGAUUUGGGAACCGACUUCAGGAAGUAUUCAAGUACAGCACAGAGAUACUUUAGACUCUUUCAGGGCACUGGCUGUAAUAAUGUUAACAAGAGCCAUUCAGAAGGAGUAUAUGUGACAAGGCUGAAGAAUAUGAUGAGAAGAUUUCUUAUCGUUUGGUAGACACACAUAAGUAGGACAGAGCUAAGUAGUGCUGGAAAUAUUUAGAGUGUAAGUCACAGAUUCAGGCACUUUUAUGAAUGAAUGAAUGGCGACAUUUCCAAAUUAUGACUUUAAAGAGGCUGCAGUGAUACUCUUAAAAAACAGCAAGACACUAAGUCAGAGUUGCAUAGAGCAAAGAGCCAUUUAGAGAGGAUAUGAGUCACAAGAUUGAAGAACGUGAUAAAGAGGUUCCUCAUUGACUGAUAGGAAAUGAUAAAUAGGACACAGCUGAAAAUAUUUGAAGUAUAAAGAGUAUACUUAAAAUAACAUUAGAAAAGGUUCAUGAUGAGUGCAGUAAUGGAAACAAAAGAGGGCUGCCAUGUUGGAGGUUGUUUUUCUGAGGAACCAGACAUUCUGUGGAUUCCCCACCGGCUUUUGUUUAUGUUUGAGAUGUGGAUAUGAAAGAUUCUGCCAUUAGCUUUGCAACGCUUGUCUUUUUAAUGAUUUUCAGCUUCAAUCACAAAUAAAACAGAUAAUUUAAGAACAGCAUUAAAAUUUUAGGCCGUUGUGAUUAAUCUAAAAUCAGAAGAACUCACAGUCCUAAUGGAAUUUACAAGCACAGGGUUGUGGUCUCUAAUAGUCACACUGUUUCUUGCCAAUACAUCCACAGGUUAUGUCUUUGCUCAUAUGAAUCCUGGUAUGGAGUACCUCUACCUCUCCUUCAAUAAACUGGAUGGGGAAGGAAUCGAACCAGAGUCUUUCUUCGGCUCAUACAACUCAAUGGUGGAGCUGUGUCUGGAUCACAAUCAGCUGGUCAGUGUGCCGUCUGGCAUCAACGAGAUGACCAACAUACACUUCCUAAGACUGAACAACAACAAUAUCAGGUAUGAUAUCCACAUGUUACGGGGUUUAAGGGUUUCCUGAAAAAUGUUCAGUUAAAACACUCUUAGCAUGUCCAUAAAUCUCAGCUGUUAUCUUUAAAAGUGCAGAUAGAAACGGACAAAAGAAGAACCAAGACCUCAGUUGUAAAGAGUCACUGUUUCAAAUGACUCUGUACAAUCCCAUCUCAAUGAUCAAUGCCUUGCUUAUUAACUUCAAACCAAAAUGUUUUUUCUCUCUCGGACUCUACACACGUAUAUAAGAAAUUUAUUUCAUUGGUCUUAGAGACAACAAUCUACAUCAAAUAACAACAAAACCAGAUGAUUUGAGACAGUUUAAGCUGUUUGAAAUGUCUACUUAGUACAAUCCUCUAAGACCACUGAUAAAGACAGCAGACAAGAGCUGACUCAUUCAGAGCUGACUACUUACUCAUUCAGCACACAAGACAAUAGCAGCUGGACGUUAGCUGAAUGGAGAGUUGUCUUGACGACAAGGAAAAAACAAGUUUCCUCAUGUUUCCACCUGAGAGUCACCCUGAACCACCUCAUUAUUCACUCACAGGUCUGUUCAUGGUACACACAGUCCAGGUAUUUGAACAGGUUUAUAUAACAUUUCCAUUAUGCUGUUCUUUUAUUGUGGCCAAUAUGGCUGACCCUUCAUGUGGGAAACUGUAAUAAGCCUUCUGGAAAUCCUGCAGAUAAUCAAAUGCAGAAUAACAAAACAAACAGCAACCCUCAGUAAACUCAAUGAAAUGAAAAAUAGUUUUUAAGCAAACUAAAGGCCCUGGUUAAUAAUUGUUUUAUUUAUUUAUUUUUCAAGCAAAAAUCUUUCAGUAAGAGAGAUUGGUAUCUAUUUUUGUAUGUGCAUCUUCAACUAAAGUUUCACUAAGCCAUUUACAGUCCACAGACUUAUGGAAGUGCUGUCAUUGUGGUUGAAGUGUUACAGAGACAAUGAUUAACUGGUUGUUUGAUUGGCUGGUUGACUCGUGUCAUACAACAGAAGAUAGAUGAUGAAAAAACGGAAACUGCCAGUGAGCAGCUCUUUAAGAAACCAAAAAUAUUAGAGCCUGAGCCUGUUUAGGUUGCUUAUCAAUUUAACAUUUAUACAUUGUUAUUUCAGCUAUUCUCACUCAAUCCCACAAUUUACGAUCACCCCGAGGUAGUACACUUCAAAAUAAAAGCAUAGUUCUACGAUACAGGAAAUAGAGCAACUUAAACUUGAGACAGUUAAAACUAUCAAAUAAAAACACGACAAACAACUGUUUCAUCAGACAACAUCUUCUCCAGAAAAGUUUAAGUGGUUCGUAUAAUCAUACAUUUAAACCUGCCUCCAUUGUCUUGCCCUUCCUUAACUGACUGUUUUUUUGUUUCCAAGUUUCCCAUAAAUUAUGUGGGAAUAUCACAUAAUAGUUAUGACAAGAUAAUCAUAACAGUCCUUUUGACAAGUGAAUUUAACUGCACUCUUGUACUGUGUCCUCCAGGAGUAUCCCUGAAGACAGCAUCUGUGACCCUGACCAGAGUGGAGACUCCACCCUGGUUGCAGUAAGGCUUGAAAACAACUACAUCGACCCCAAGAAGAUCUCCCCAUCGGCCUUUUCCUGUGUGCGCUCCUCCUCUAGCGUGGUCUUAAAACCCCAGAAAACCAAGUGACCCGAGUUCUCACAAAUAAAAAAAUCUUCAGAGACACUUUUUUAGACCCUAAAAACCACACAGGACAAGAUUGUUUUUUAUAUGUGCCAAAGAAAAAGUUAAAAUGUAAGAUUGAUUCUCCCCGAACUAGCCCUCAUGCUGUAUGUUAAUGACAUUACACCCACAUCAUGACUUAGAUACAUGUGCUCAGAUGUCUGAUGUAGAGGCUGAACAUGGAAAAACAGAGAACUCUACUGUCAGAGUUACAGCUGAUGUAAUUCACCAUUUGGGAAGCUACUGUCCUGUCAUAUCCUUGGCCUGAACUCUUUGAUUUGGAAAGUUGUUUUGCAGCGUUGCCUGGCCCACCUUGAACUUGUAUGAAGGAAACAGAACACCUUCAAAUAUUAAAACCAAACCUACUGCUUCUCCAGUUGAACGUUCACUUCCCUCAAAUGGAAAGAAUUUCUGCACCAUGCACAGUAAAAUCAAAACGGGAAUAAAAGAGUGGAAAGAUUUCUGUGAAGUGAGACUACAAACCCAACACAUUAGAUUUAACAACCUCACCACCUUCAUGUUCCACUUCUCAGCUCUGUUUCUUCCAAUCCCCUCUUUCAUAAAAAGCUCACAAGGAGUGUGAGAGGUGAGACCCCAUGUGUUACACAAUCCUUUAGACUCUCUUCAUUAAAGAUUCAGAAAAGGUUCAAAAUAAAAUGAUGAAGUGAGUGUUGGAGAGAUAAUCCAUGUGACAGGAAAUGGAAAAGCAUGUGCAAUUAAUGUAAUUACAGGUUGUUUUAUUAAGCAUCAAAUGUUGAUUAGUAAAGCUGUGUGGCCCACUUGAUCUGAAGUAAACAAUAAAUAAGAAAACCCUUUCACUCUAGCAUUUGACAUUCAGGCAUCUUAGAAGGCGAUCAGGGUGAGAUUUGGCAGGAAUCGUUUGCUUCAUGAGUAUAUUUCUAUGUGUCAUUCUCAUUUGUAACUUUGAUUUUUAAUGUAUUUCCAGGUCUAAAUCACACUAUAGGUCUUUGUCUGUGCCUCAACUAUCAACCUGUGUAACUACAGUGUAAUAUAACAAGUAAACAUCAUCCUUGACUAUGAUUAAAAGACGGCUUCGACAGCAUGUGAGAGGGAACCCUUUGGCUUCGUGUUGAGAUUUUUUAUACAGUUAUGAAUUGUUGUCAAACUAAACUGACCUUUUCAGAAAACCUGUUUUUUUUUAUUAAAACAUUUGUAUUUUAAUAAACGUGCCCUGUAGUUUGCUCUUGGCUGGCCAAUAUGCAUAAAUUAUACAUCAAAGUGUUCAGUUGUUUUGUUUCACAUAAUGCUACAACACACAUUUCAAAUAAACUUUUUUACAUUCCCAUCAAAGCCUCAUCAUGCAUAUAAAUAAAAAUAUGAUUUGCAAUUAAAUUUUAGUUUUAAGUAACUACUGACAUAUAAGCAUUACCAUGAGGUUCUAACAUUGGUAACCCUGAUAUUCUGUCUCAAAAUGUACCAUCACAUUAACUCAAACAACCUGUCCAGCUACAAUGUGAUUUAACUUUUCAUUAACUUUUUAGAGAGAGGGCAAACAGGAGAAAAAGUGGCAAAUAACGUGCAGCAAAAGGCUGCAAGUUGGGAUCAAAUCCAGCCUGCUGUCCAGAGGAUUACAGCCUCAUACAUGGAACACAUAGUUCAACCACCAGGCACCCAACGUCAGAACUAUUUUCAUGUAUUAAAUAAAUAAAUAAAAGUUAUUUAAAUGUGUGCCUUUAUGUUUCCAUCUGGAGUCCCACUCAACAGUUUUCUAGGAUGAUUCAAGUUGAUACUAAAUGCAAAUGCCCGACUUGUGAGCUGUACAGGAUGAUUCACAUGUAUAAAUGGAAGUGAGAUUGAAUUCCCCAAGAUUCUCCUACUUCCUUCACUGUCAGCAAACCCACUUUAGGAAAAUAUAUAGCUGUACAGAUGUUAUCAGAUCAACACCCAGGCCUCAGGGAGGAGAUAAAGCCAUCGUAUCUACUGAAGACUGAGUCAUGAGAAAAUGUUGUGAUCUUUGCAACACAUGUCGAUUGCCCUCAAGAAAUACAUAUUUAAACCUGUCUUUUCAAGGGCUGCAAGCCAACUUUAUCAUCAUAUUUUCCCCAGUAGACCUAAGAGUUAGGAUCAUUUACUUUGGUAGCAGAGAGAUCAAAAGACAAAAGGAAAAGCUCGAUGUGAUGAAUUAGAAAUACAAGCUGUUUAUAGACAGACAAAAAUAAAUCUAAAAGUAAGAAAGCAAUAAAGUCAACAACCAGUAAUGUUUAGCCAGUUUGAAGAGGCUGGAAGUUGUCAUGUUAUAGUACUUUCAGUGGAAAAAGGUUUCCAAUGAGCCGAAGCUCAAAGAUUAAAGGUUUUCCUUCAGAAAGGAGAGAGUUCUUGUUGCCUGCCAACACGAACAGCUGCUGUGUUCAUCAGUCUCCCAAAUCAACACAUGGAGGAAUAAUCUAAUAGUCAUUAUUCACAUGACCCCUUCAGUGUUUUCAGGAUUAGAACAUCCAGGUUCAUAGAUAAUUCAAAUCUGUCCUGAUGUACUCAGCAGAUAGUUUAUAAUGUACAAAUAGAUUACUUUAAGGUUGCACCCUCAUGGAGGUCUGGAAGAAUCCAGUCUCAGGUUUUUAUAGGUUUGGGAUGGCAGGUUCAUGCUGAAUUGAACUGUCACCACAAC